CCGAUCCCCUUUCCCCCAACUCCCCCCCAAGCAGCCGCGAAGAGAGAUCCCGCGCUCAACCACCGCUUCUCGGCCGCGGCCCCCUUCGGCCCUCCUUUCCUCCGGUGGCCGCCGGGGACGGGGAGCGAAGAAGCCUCCAUCCCUCCUUUCCUCCGUUGGUCGCCGGGGACGGGGAGCGAAUAAGCCUCCCUCCCUCCUUCCCUCCGGUGGUUGCCGGGGACGGGGAGCGAAUCCUCCAUUCCUCCUUCCCUCCGGUGGUCGCCGGGGACCGGGAUCGAAGAUGUUCUAUGGGGCCAUGGUUUGGGAUCCGUGGCUGAUCGUGUCGCAGAUCGUGUGCCUGCAGUGCCUCUACUACCUGUCGCUGGGCGUCGCCAUGGCGCUCCUCGUCGGCACCCGCGUCCCGCGACUCACCCUUCUCUACUUCUUCGACUUCGCCACGCUCACCCCGCGCACCCCCACGGGUUGGUGCGCCAUCGCAUCAUUCAUUCUUGCCGCUGUCGCAGGUGCUGGGUUCAUGCUUUAUGUGAUUGAGAGAGCCAAGAAGUGCCUGGACUUUGCAGCAACACUCUACAUAAUCCAUCUCUUCAUUUGCAUUGUUUAUGGUGGAUGGCCAGCUUCCAUUACAUGGUGGGUUGUUAAUAUCACUGGUUUGGCAAUCAUGGCUCUCCUAGGUGAAUACCUAUGCAUCCGGCGGGAGUUGAAAGAAAUUCCAAUAUCACGGCUUCGUGCAAGUGUUUAAUCUCACAUGGUAAAAGAGUACAGGUGUUUCAAAUUGUGUUGCCCCUGGAGGUGUUUGUUAAUAUGUUACUUAAGGAAUACAAUGAAUGCCUUGUUCCGUGGUUUGCAAUUUGAUACUUAGCAAACUUCCCAUAGAGCGUUCAUCUGAUACCCAAUCUCCCAGUAGGCCAUGAUAAACUGAUUGGUCUCAGAGUUCCCACCAACGGAAAUGGCACCUCAGUUUCUAAAUCAUUCAUUCAAGUCCUCUUUAUGAAAAAAAGCCUGCCCUGCCUCUUAUGAAAAGAAGUGUUCCUCCCUUGCCUAUGUUCUAGUGACAGCUCGCUGCUUGACAACGUAUGACUAGAUAUCAACAUGUGCAUUCUUUAGUGAUAUAUUGUUCUUACUUCUUAAUGCACUCAUGGACUCUUGUCUAGAUGUAUCUUGCAAAUAAUAUAUCUAGUGUUAUAUGCU